GCGCCAUUUUUCGAACGAACGUUUGUGGAAAUAGACAAGUUUGUUUUCCCACUAUCAAUUUCACUUAUUUGCAGAUCGUAUUUGGACCUUUCCGCUAUGCCUUCCCGGUAUGACAGUGUAAGAAGUGUUUUUGAAGAAGCGCAGCGUGGUUUUCAACACCACAAGAAACUCUUGACGGUACUGAAAAAGCUCCAUGACAAGUCCUCACAGGAUGAAUUUCAGGAGGGCUUUCUGUGGCAUUUGAAACAUGCUAUGGUGGUGUUUAACAGAGAACCUGCUGUAGAAAGAGUAAUCGAAUUUGUGGCUAAGUAUGCGACGUUGAAAGAUCACCGUACGGCUCAAGUUCAGAAGGAUGGCCAAGCAACUGAUGAUGAAGACGAUGAUGGCAACAUCUUCCUUGAUUUCAUCUUCACAUUUCUACUGGACUCCCAUGAUGCUCAAGACAAAGCAGUACGGUUCCGCGUCUGUCAGCUUAUCAACAAACUGUUGAAUAACCUGGGUGAUGAUGCUGCGAUUGAUGAUGAACUCGCAGAGAGAAUCUUUGACAGCAUGUUGACACGCCUCCAUGACAAGUUCCCUGCAGUAAGGGUGCAGGCUGUUGCAGCAAUCUCCAGGCUCCAGGACCCUUCAGAUCCAGAGUGUAUUGUGUUAUCUACAUAUUUAAAACUCAUGUCCAAUGACUCCAGUGCUGAAGUACGUAGAGCUGUGCUGCUGAAUAUCGCUCUUUCUUCUCACACAUUAGAGGGAAUAAUAGGGAGAACCCAAGAUGUUACGGAGUCAGUGAGGAAGUUAGCUUAUCGCGUUCUAGCAGAAAAAGUGAACAUCAAGUCAUUAACCAUUGCUCAGCGUGUGCAGCUGCUUUCCAAUGGAUUGCAUGACAGAUCAGAAUCAAUCAAGGACGUUUGUGCUAAGGAACUUCUUAAUGGGUGGCUGAAAAGUUUUGACAAUGAUGUUGUCAGGCUCCUGAAGUGCUUAGAUGUGGAAGGAUGUACAGAAGUAGCUGAAUUAGCUUUGAAAACAGUACUCGCAGGAUUGCCAAAGGAAGAUUUAAAGUUUUACAUUGAUUCCUUGAAGAAAGAACAAGGGGAGCAAGGCCCAGUGAGAGUCAGCUAUGAAACCCUUGAUGCUGAGACAGCAUUCUAUUGGAGAUGCCUUGGAGAACAUUUCAAGUCCAUGGGCACAGAUGGUGAAGCACUUCUGGAUGAGCUUCUCCCUGAAGUAUCAGGGUUUUGCAAAUAUAUUCAGGGGUAUGUAGACAGCUGCUUAUGCGGGACACCCCCAGAGCAAGACUAUUCAGAAGGUCAACAGAUAUUUAUUGGCAGACAACUUUUGUCAUUGAUGGGCGUUGUGGACCUAUCUGAUGAAGUUGGAAGGAAGAACCUUGGUCAGAUGCUUCAUGACCUGUUGGUACUACCAGAGAUUCCGGAAUCUUUAGUUGAUGUACUUCAUUCCAGGUACAUGGACGUUCAGCCAGAGGAAGCCAACAGAAUCCAGGAACUUGUUGAAAUCAUUGCUGAUGUCAGGCAACCCAUUGUCAUGAUUGAAACUGCUCAGACCAAGGAGGAAAAACGGCAGUGGGAACUGAAGGUUGCUGGAAUCCGUGUCAAGCUGAACCAGUUCCGUGAUGAGAUGGAACAGUGUGUGACAAACCAAGAUUUUGGAAGGGCAGCUGAACUGAAGCAACAAAUUACAGAACUGGAGGAGCAGAAGGAAAUACUUGAAUCAAAGGAGAACUCCUUCUCUCAGACUAUCAGGGAAGAAAAGGAUGAUCCUGAUACUCUACUUAAAUGUCUGACUAUCGCGUCUGAGAUGCUUCAGGGUGUGACAACAAGUGGACUGAACCCAACUCUCACCACUCUGGUUCAAACACUGAUUCUUCCAGGUGUACAGAACGAAGAUCCUUUAGUGCGCAACAUGGCAGUCAAAUGCUUGGGCUUAUGUGCUCUACUCUCUUGUGAAUUUGCUCGAACCCAUCUGGUACUUUUCCUUCAGGUAGCUCAACUUGACCAAGAGCUUGUACGAGUCACAGCUCUCCAGGUUGUUUUUGACCUUCUUCUAACAUUUGGUCUUGAGGCUUUCAAAGUGAAUGCUUCAGUCCCUGAACUGGAACACAAUGAACCAAGCACUAAUGACUCAGAACAGGAAAAGUUGGACAAUGAAGAUGACGAGAAUGAAGAAGGCGAAGAAGAUGACGAGAAGAGGGAUGAUGAUCAUGUAGAAGAGAGCCAAGCACCUGAUACAGAUACUGCUGCAAGCGUGCUCACAAUACUUACAGGAAUUUUAGAGAGUGAGAGCAAUGACCUCCGCAAUGUAGCUGCUGAGGGACUGGCUAAAUNAGUUAGCAGCAUUCAUGCCUCUCUGAGCCUUGCAGUAGCAAAUGAAGUCUUGUCUUGUCCUGAUGCUCCUGGUGUACGGAUUCUGUGCAAGACACUUCCCAUGAUGGACCUGACUGGCUGUGCACAGUCUACAGUCAAGGAAAUGAAAAUCCUCACUGCAAGAGUGAUUGAGGAAAUUGAAGAUCAGGUGUCUGCAAAGUCAUUGAACAAAUUUCACAAAAUGUUGGAGACGAUUACAAACUCUCUUGAUGAUGAUGGUGGUGAUGAUGAUGUUUUUUCACAGACAGAACCUGAAGAAGACACACAAGCAAAUACAGAGGAAACAGAAGACACCAAUGAGAGAAACGAGACAACAGCAGUAAAUGAUGCAGACACCUGUGAGAGAUUGAAGGGAAAUAACGGUCUUUCCCAAGAGACUGAAUCUGCUCAACAGACACAUGUUGGCUGUAACACAGAGGAGGCAGGAGCCCAUGGUGGUAAGUGUUAUAAUUGUUAAACUGUAACUUAGGGAGUGCAACAGGAGACUGAGAGUGGAAAGAGGUGAAUAGGAAGAACAUUUUGAAUUCAUAGGAAGAAUUCAUAGGAAGAACAUUUUGAAUUCAUAACUUUACAUUGUCCCAGUGAUGCAGAUUCAUGGUGUUCAUAUCAGUUUGGCUAGUCCAAAUCUUGGAAUCAGACAUACUCAGUCUAGGGUAUUAAUCUUGGUAGCACUGGAGUAUACCCCUAAUGGCAGAAACU